AUGAAGCUAGAGCAGGCAUGGAGUCACAUGCUGAAGGAGGUCCAGGGGGAGCAGAAGAAGCAGCCAUGUGACUAUGACAAAUUGGCUGCAAUCUUGAAGAAGGCUCCUUCCAUUACUCAGCUUGCACCUCUCAUGCUCAUUAAGCACCCUGCGAUUGUUCAUUGCAUCCGAAAGCUACGUGAAGUGAAGCACAAUGGAGUGAGGAAGAAGUCGGAGGAUCUGUACAAGCAAUUCAAGAAGCUGUUUGUGAUUCCUGAUGGGAAGCAGUUUGUCGACGUGUUCCAGGAAAAAGUGAAGGCGUUCCAGGAAGCCACUAAGGACAUGGAUGUAGCCAAGAGGUUUCUUGGAAUCGGAGGGGAAGCAGCACUCCUUUCUCUCUUGUGCAAGGAAAAGGAAGCUGAGAAGAAAGGGAGGGCAAAAGAUAAUGUUGAACCUGAAAAGAAGGACAAGGACAAAGGGAAGGGAAGCCCAGCAGAUAUGUCCCCUCGCAAGAAGACCAUGUUGGUCAAGUGCGCCUCAGGGGAUUUAGUCCGGGUCACCUGCAGGAAUGAUCUCCCCAAAGUCUUCCAAAAUGAAGAGGAUGAGAAGUUCUAUGAGGUGAGAAUGAAGGAAAACAUGUGCUGCUUGGAGUCCUUGCUUGUGAGGGGAGUGUACAUUCCACCUGAGGUGAAGAAGGUUAUGAUCGAACGUGGUGAUCUCAGUCCUGAUUUCAAGGCUCAUCUCAUUGAAGACCGGAAAAAAUGGAAGAAGCAAGUUAAGCUCAAUUGGAUGAAGCUAGAGCAGGCAUGGAGUCACAUGCUGAAGGAGGUCCAGGGGGAGCAGAAGAAGCAGCCAUGUGACUAUGACAAAAUGGCUGCAAUCCUGAAGAAGGCUCCUUCCAUUACUCAGCUUGCACCUCUCAUGCUCAUUAAGCACCCUGCGAUUGUUCAUUGCAUCCGAAAGCUGCGUGAAGUGAAGCACAAUGGAGUGAGGAAGAAGUCGGAGGAUCUGUACAAGCAAUUCAAGAAGCUGUUUGUGAUUCCUGAUGGGAAGCAGUUUGUCGACGUGUUCCAGGAAAAAGUGAAGGCGUUC